UAACUUUAUUAUAGCAAGGUGGCUGCUCAGAAGAAAAUGUUUUCUGUGUAAAAAAUUGUUUGUGACCAAUAUUGCGUUGGUACAUUUUUUUUUUUUAAUUGAGGAGCUCAUUCUGUGGGAUAAAAUGGAGAAUAAUGUCAACUUUACAAGACUCUUAUCAGAAAGCGGUUGUUCCACCCUGUCGUCAGACUCCUGCGAGUAUUAUCAUACAGAGAUAUUCGACCAGCUGCCUAGCAUCCAGUUUUUCUGGCCUGAGCGGAGCAGACAGGAUGCUUCAGAGGUUGAUGAGGAGCUUGGACACUUGUCCAGAGGACCAAGAGACAAAAUUUCUACACAGCCACUCAGGAGUCUUACCAUGUGCAUUCAAGGAAAAAGACAUGCCAGGAACAGAAAGAAGAUGCAAACCAGCAACAUUGGCUUCUUGGAGUCGUGGAGGCAGAGCCAGAGUACCAACACCAAGAGGGUGUGGUCUAAAUUGGGAGGAGCUAUCUCAGGACUGUUACCAUGGCAGCACACACUACAUGUCAUUGAAGGCCGGUUUGGUGUGGGCGUGAAUGCCUAUUUUGUAUUCCUUCGAUAUCUGGUAUACCUGAAUCUAAUCCACUGUGCUCUAAUAUGGGUUUUUAUUCUGGGGCCUACAACAUUUUAUGGUAGCGACAACAAAAAUGGCCCACUGAAGUUUGGAGGCAAUGACUCAGUUCUGGAUUUCUUUCUGGGAUCGGGCUACCUGGAUCGUUCUCCAGUGUUCUAUGGUUUCUAUACACGUGGUUCACUCAAUUAUCCUUGCUUGAAUACCCCAAUGCUGUACUUCAGUGGAAUACUGGCUAUCCUCCUCCUCAGUGUCAUCAUAGAGAUCCGUAGAACAACAGUUGGCUACAAGCACACGUGGAUGCUGGGAAAGCGUUCCAGGAUGAAUGUGAGCUAUAAGAUCUUUUGUGGCUGGGAUUUCACCAUCCAAGAUGCUGAUGCAGCCACGCUCAAACGCAGCUUCCUGAGGAAUGAUCUCAAGCUAUACUUGGAGGAGCAGCGUUUCUCCCAGUAUGAGGCACGGAGGACAAUGUGGCAGUGGGUGCGUCUCCACCUGCUCCGGAUCACUUUCAACCUGCUCGUUUUGUCUCUGCUGGGUGGAGCGUUUUACCUCAUCUACUUUGCUACCGAAAAAUCACAGUCUAUCAGAAAGAUAAGCAAUCACUACUGGUUGGUCAGUCUGCUCCUCCAGUACCUCCCACCGAUCACCAUCACCUUUGUCAACCUUUUCCUCCCUCACAUCUUCCGAAAGAUUUCGAGUUUUGAAGACUACUCUUUCACCAUGCAGGUCAAUAUCACACUGGUGAGGAGCAUCUUUUUGAAGCUCGCCUCGCUGGGGAUCUACUUAUUUUUUGUCUUCACAACAACACAUGAGCAAUGCACGGAGAAUCAAUUUGGAAGCGAGUUGUACAAGCUCUGUAUCUUUAACUUCCUUGCCACUGUCUGCAAUGCCUUCCUCGUGAACUACCCCAGGAAGCUGGUGCAGGAGAAGUUCCGCUCAUCAUUACUAGCCAAGUUAUUAGGGAAGCAACACUUCUUGGUUCCCUUCAAUGUGCUGGAUCUGGUCUACGGUCAAACGGUGUCCUGGGUGGGUGUCUACUUCUGCCCGCUGCUGCCCCUGAUAGGAACUAUCACGCUGACAGCUACGUUCUACAUCAAGAAGUUCACAGUCUUGCGGUGCUGUGUGGCAGAACAGAGGAUGUUUCGAGCCUCCAACUCCUUCGUUUUAUUCCACUUCAUGUUGCUGCUCGGCCUUGUCAUGGCUGCCACCACCCUGGGCUUCACCCUCUUCCAGGAACAAACCCCACUGGACGCUAAAAUAUUCUUUCAAUAUUCCCCCUGUGGCCCAUUUGGGAAUGGACAAAGUGUGUUAAAUGUGGCGGGAGUGUGUGUGGAAAGUCUUCCAAGCCUGGCAAAAACCAUUAUCCGCUACAUGACGUCCAAGGCCUUUGCACUGUCACUCAUACUUGCUGAGAUUAUUGUCUUAACCUCCUAUGUGUCACGAGGACGAGCCAAUCAAAAGACUAUUGAGAGAUUGAAAGAUAUGCUGGUUAUGAGCAGUUCAGAUAAGCGUUUCCUGGUGAAAAAGCAUGCUACAAUGGUCCGACAUAGAAACAUCUCCUCUGUGCAUGCUAGAAGAAUGCCCUCUCAAUCCACAUGACUGGACCAUUAGCCUUUCCUCCCACUGAAGCUAAAACAUUUCACUGACCCACACCGCAUUUGAGUAUUACAUAAUACUCUCGAUGUGUUCCUGAUCAAUUGAAUGUAAAAACAAAUGUAAUGCCCUUUUUUAUUGCAUGGUUCUCCUGUAUUAAUUGUAAUUAUACCACCGUAAUUUCUUGUGUAUAAUGCGCACCGCCAAAGUUUACCUCAAAAUUCUGGAAAACCUUUCAACCUAUGUAUACUGCAUUUUUACAAUGCAUGAUUUUGCUUCUACCCACAUGAUCAAAAGUUUUAGUUUUUUUCAAAGAAUUAUUCUGAAGUUAAGCACUUUCUUAGAACACAUAAUACUUUAUAAUACCUUUAUUGACUUGCUCUUAUUUUGAAAUUCACAGCCCUACUUUUAUUUAGUAAAUGAGAAAAUGAGUUGUGCUCAUAUGUUUGAUUACCCAGGCAGAAUUUGUAAGAUGUGUACAAUUCUUUUAAGAAAACAUGAAGGACCAGGCGAAACACAUUGAAUUUUAUUUUAAUGGGAUUCAAAUUAAACUGUCAAGCAUUUCAGAAAAUCAUUAUCAUUUAACAAAACAUAACCAUUAAGAAAUGAUGGUUGUUGUUCAGUUAUCUGUCGUAUUUAAAAAAAUAAAAACAAUGUUUCACAAAUUCUGCCUGGGUAUGUAAACUUAUGAGCACAAUUGUACAUAUAUGCAGUCAUAUGUACCCCUGUCAUACUGGAAUGAAAGUGUAGGCUACACCUUUUUCAUAACCUCUAGGUGGCAUACUAGAAUGAAAGUGUACAACUGUUUCAUAACCUCUAGGGGGCGGUGGCAUAGUGGAAUGAAAGUGUCCAGCUUUUUCAUAACCUCUAGAUGUCGACAUACAUUUAUAAAAUGUGAAAGUCUUUUUCAUUUUCUCCUAUAUCUAUAUGUAUAAUGCACACUAUUGACUUGGGACAAUUUUCUGGGGGUAAAAAAUGCGCAUUAUAAAAAUUACGGUAAUUUAUUUUUACGUUUUGUUAACGAGAGAAAAUUUCAUAUGCUCGUGUAUGUUUUUGUAUCCCUUGUUAAUAAUCAAAGUACUGAGCGUUAAAGCCAUCUGUGAAGUCAAAGAUGACGUCUAAAUUGUUAUCUUUUUCAAACAUGUGCGUAACAGCAGGAGAAUUCACGCAUGUACACGUAGACAGAAAAAAAUGUUUAGUGGUACAUUUGAAGCUGUGUUAUGAGGAAUUUACACACACUUUUUUUGUUGCCACUUCUGGGUGGAUCCAUAGCUUCUCACCCGCUACUCAAUGGUCCUGACAUGGCGUACCUUGGUUCACGAGUGGUUCUGCAAUGUAUUGCGCCCGACUUCUCUCCACCAGUCACAUAUGAACUGAGAAGGGACGGUCUCCUGAUAAGCGUGAGAACAUAUCUCCAAGACAACCAGUCUGCCUCCUUUUUACUGAAGGUCACUGUGAGAUCAGAAGGGUUGUACCAUUGUGAAGCAAAGACCGAGGGACGCACAAGACUGAGCAACAGCAUCAGACUGAGUGUAGUUACUCCAGCAUCAAAUACCAGGGUGAACUCUGACCCCUUUCCUGCAGUCCUAUACGAGGGUUCCAGAAUGGUUUUGAGCUGUGACGUUGCAAAGGGCUCCCACCUCUCCUACACCUGGUUUUUCAACAGGAUGCAGGUUACCUCUGCUACCUAUCCUCAGCUACACAUCACCGGGAAUAAGCUUGUGAUGGAAAGGGCGACUCCACAGCAUGCUGGGUAUUAUGGAUGUAUGGCAUGGUCCAGGUUGCGGGACGACCAAAAGUUUUCCAGCAGCUCAGACGUCAAGGUGGCAAUCAAAGUCCAUCUUUUGAAACCGGAGAUCUCGCUUUCCAUCUUCAAAGACGGGAACGAGAUACCGUGGUAACGUGACCUGCUGGGCGUCCAGAGGAACUCCUCCGGUCAACUUCUCUCUUUCAGUGGAUGAUAAAGUGGUGGCCUCGGUUAUAGCUUUUGACUCUGUCAGUGCCUGGUUCAAUGUAGCUGUGGUCCCCGGGCUGGAUAUGGGCGUGGCUCGGUGUUUGGUGAAAAAUGAGGUGCAGGAGCUGCUGAGUGAACCUCUGACACUGGAAUUGGUCCCAGUUGGAGGUGACGUAAACGUUGAAGUUGAAUAUCUCUACAGAUCGGACUCCAAACUGGCUGCGGCCAGACUGACAUGUCAUGUCAGUCGAGGGUCUUUUCCUUUAUUCUCUUGGCUUUUUAAUGAGUCCUCUCUUCCUUCUGAGACACAAAUGGAUUCCUAUCUUCGGCAUAUCCGGCCACACUAUGCCUUGCUGGACUGGAGACGUACUCUUAUUCUGGCCAAGGUGGACCCCGAGGAGGCAGGGUAUUACCGAUGCAGGGCCAGGGACAGAUAUGACGACUCUGGUGCCUGGCUGGAUAGUCGAGCUGUCCUAAUCCAAGUCAAAGACUUGGUGCUUGACAACACACCCCGAGAAACAGCUUCUCCUGAAACAUCACCAAUGACCACGGAGAUCAUUGCCAUAAUAUUCUGCUCCUUUCUCCUCCUAACUUUGGCAGUCAGCAGCUACUGUAUGUACAUGGCGAUUGACAACAAAAAAGGUCUUCACCCCAGUUCAGCACCAAAGUGAUGCCACUUCGGAUGUACUGCCUUUGUCUAUACCUAUCUUCCACUUGGAGGGCAAGCAGGCUGAUACAGGCUGUAUAAACACUCAGAUUUUGGAGAUCGCUACAUGAUCAUCUGACUCUUCAAGUCCUUCUUAUUGUAAUUGUCAUUUUCUGUGAUCAGUUAUGAUGUCAUUGUAGUUCACACAUUUUCUGUUCACCAAUAUUGCUUAUGAGAACAUUAAAGCAAUCCUUUAUAGACGAAUAUAAAAGAGCAAUAUUACUGUCCACUAAGAAUCUCUGACAAAUAAAUUGUGAAAAUUUUUUUUUUUUUUUUUUUUUUCAAUUCAGCAAAGAGAAAUAGC